GUUGGUCCAGCUUACGUGCAAUUGUCUGCGACGCGUAUAUAAAACCUAAAACUUUUAAAAAAGUAUUUCGUAGUACACAACAACCAAAAAAGAUUCAAGUCAAAUGGAAUUGUGCGACUAAAAGUUAUUUUAAGGAAGUAAUAAUCCCUGAACUUUAACGCUGCACGAACCAGUUUCGAGGCGUACAAAUAGUCCACAACUCAAAUAGUGUUAAGAUGAUAAAAGUUCUGGACUACAAAAAAAGGGUUCUCGUUCAACUCAAGAUUUUACGCCAUUACACUAAAUUGAAUCCACGGAUUGUUAAUUCACUGUUUGUAAAAAUUAUAGUUAUGAGUACAGUCACAAGCCAACAAGAAGAAGAGUAUCAUUUAAGUCUUCAAUCAGAUGAUGACUCUUAUAGCACUGGUGGUGAUUCUGGAUUUAGUAUGGGUCAAGAUGAAGAUGAAAAGUCUGCAAUAAAAAAGGAAGAACAAGAACCAUCCAUUCUAAUUGUUGAUGAGAGUACCUCAACCAGUUUCUUUUCACGUCUUGUGUCCAUUCCUAUUAUUCAAGACAGUUUCACAGGCGCCCAAAAUAUUGUGCGACAGAACUCUGUUGGUAAACGAGCACUUGAUUAUGCUGAAACAAAAUUACAAAAUAUGGUCAUCUCGGCCCAGCCUUACUUGGAAGAAAAAAACACAACAGGAGGUCGUUUUCUUUCACAAGCAAAUUGCCUAGGAAACAAAUCUCUCGAUAUACUAGAGCGACAAUUUCCCUCCAUCUCUUCUCCCACUGAUCAGCUUGUUCAACCUAUUACAGGCCGUAUCGAGUCGGCUGUAUCCCAUCUCCGAGAGAAGAAAUCUACUAUGGUUGAUCCACGUAUUGAUUCGCUUGCAACCAACUUUGAAUCCUUAAUCCAACAAUAUUUUCCUGCUGUAGAGGGAGAAAAAGAAAUUCAAAAAGAUGACAAAAAUGCUGUUAACCGUUUGAUGAACGCGGUCAAUCUUUUGUCCGCCAGAGCCUCUAAAAGAAUCUCCACAAAGGUUUCAGCAACCGUUGACGAGGAGAGGCAAAUAAAGCAAAUGAUUCGUACGUGGGUUCUGGAGCAGGCUAACACGAUGACACAACAACCUCAAGUUGAAUCUCUCAAAGCAAAAUUUUUUCAUGAAAGCUCGCCGAUACAGGUCAUGUACAGCUUUACGCAAACAGAGUUUGAUAAAGUGCGUCAAGAAUUGACUAACCCAAACAUCAGUCACAUGGACAGAAUUCGUAAUAUUUUGGUUUUAUCUCAAACAGACAUCUUGUUACCCUUGUAUCGCUCCAUCUGGUCUCGUCAACAAAACCACAAAGAAAUGCCUGUAGUUUUAAAUUAAAAUGUGUAAUAUUCUAUUCGUAUUAAAUAUUCCUCCCCUUUUGUGUCACACAUUUGUUACAAAUAAAGUCUUUUCAUCAUUACUCUUU